UCAAAUAAUCCUGAUGCCAAAGAGACAUAUCUUGGCGUGGCCAAUUCCAGGUCCCCACAAGAUGAAGUGCAGGGAACCUUCUAUUCCCAGUCUACCUCCCUCGUCCCUUGGCUGUUCUUCCCGUCACACGUGGGUAGGGCGCACGCCCCGGCGGUUCGCAGGAAUUGGAAGAGAAUGAAGAACAUGGAGGCACAGGACGCAAGAUGGAGCAAUGGGUUCAUUUACAGCCACCUCCCUCAGGAACAAGCCUUGCCCGGCGGAGACUUUGCUUCUCUUAAAAACCUUCCUUGGUCUAUUCAAGGGUGACAGGACGGUCUUCCCCGAGGAGACAUCUGGCAGCUCCUCUUCCCCUCGCCUGGCUCAUGAUCCCAGUCCCAGCUCCUGGCGCGUGCUCUCCCGCUCCGCAGACCCCGGCGCCCAACAGCUGUGCCUCCAGUCGGGGCUCGGCUCCCCGUGCCCACGAGCGCGCGCCCAACCGGACGUGUCGGGAGCGCGCGGCGGGGGACGAUGGAGCGCGGGGCGGAGCGCGGCGAGGGUUGCGCGGCGCGUGCUGGCUCCCGGCACGCCCGGCUGCCGCCCGGCUCCCAGCGCUCCCUGGUCGGAGGCUGGAGACCGCCCGCCUACUCGCCCACCGCGGGGGAACGUGCUGCUGACCCGCGCCUGCGGCCUGAGAGCCAGGCGCGCCCGGAGAGGACGCGGAGCCAUGAGCUGCCUGCCGGGGAGGGUGGUGGCGCUGCUGCUUGGGCUGCUGGUGGAGUGCACAGAGGCCAAAAAACAUUGCUGGUAUUUUGAAGGACUCUAUCCAACAUAUUAUAUAUGCCGCCCCUAUGAGGACUGCUGUGGCUCCAGGUGCUGCGUGCGUGCCCUUUCAAUACAAAGACUGUGGUAUUUUUGGUUCCUCCUGAUGAUGGGCGUGCUCUUCUGCUGUGGAGCUGGCUUCUUCAUCCGGAGGCGCAUGUACCCUCCGCCACUGAUCGAGGAGCCUGCAUUCAACGUGUCCUACACCAGGCAGCCCCCAAACCCUGCUCCAGGAUCCCAGCAGCCGGGGCUGCCGUAUUACAGUGACCCUGGAGGACUGGGGAUGAAUCCUGCCGGGAAUCCCAUGGCGAUGGCUUUCCAGGUCCAACCCAACUCACCCCAGGGAAGCACAGCCUACCCACCACCCCCUUCCUACUGCAACACUCCCCCACCCCCUUAUGAACAGGUGGUGAAGGCCAAGUAGCAGGAGUGCUGCCUGACACCUGCCUGUGCGACAGUUGCCAGGGAGAGGUGCUGUCACUCCACCUUCCCUGUCCUCAUCAAUGUUCACUUCCAGGAAUGGUCUUAUGAACUACUGAGGGAAAAUUCCUCUUUGAUCUCUUCAAAGCAAGCACAGCUCCCUUUCAAGUUUUCUAUGGAGGACCAAUAUUUGAAAUCACCCUCUGUCUCCUCUGCUCCUUCCGUUUCUGAUAUAAUCUGUGCUCUGGCAGAGUGUGGACAGUCUCCAAGGGUCAGCUCCUUAGAGUGGCAUACCCAGAUCCUUAGGAGAGAGAGACCAAGAGGAGGAGUCAGGGCAGAGCCGGUGUGUGUGGGUAAGCACAGUGAGCACAUGGAGGGGGCCAGGUGCUCCUCCCAGGCAAGCUUCUUCCCACCAGAUGGAAAGGCCCUGCACACAGCCAGCAGCCUGGCAGAAAGAGGCCCCAUGGGGUCAGCUGUUUGAGCCUGUUGUCCUGUCAGUCUUCCUCUUCAAGCAGCUGUUAGAGAGACAUUUGGUGGAGAAGAAGCCUCUUAGCCCUUUUCUAUCUCCACUCACUUACUGAAGAGGAGAGAGGCUUCCCGUCUGCACAGCCAGGGUGGGAGAGCUCUAUGUAUGGCUUUCCCUUCAAGUGGAUGAGGAUCCAGAAUCAGGCCAAGUUGGAUGUCUCCGGCUAUUGGAAAAUCACUAAGGAAAUUUAUUUAAAUGGGAAAUGGCUUCCUGCCCCAAACUGGAACACUGCAUUUUAUGAGCUCUUGGUCAGACUUGGGGGGAAAAAAACAUUUCCCCCUUUUUAGUUCAUUUAUGGAAGCUCGUGUAGAGUUCUGUCCUUCCAGGUCAGUCUUGAGUGUGUCUUCCCUAGAUGUCAGCAGCUCCCUGGUCUUUGACCAAGACCAGAGGUCUCCACUCUCUUCCCUGAGGCAGCUCUGGUGCUGGAUUUUGAUGGACACUUUCAAAGCAGAAAGGCACAUCUGAGAAGUCUUAUCACCCCUGGGAGAGAAGUGUCGCAGCAGGGCUUCAAGCCUGCUGUUGGAUAGGCCGGGACCUUGGUUUAUUUGAUCUCAGCAGGUGUGCGUUGCACUCUGAAGAGGAGCAGCUUGCUGAGAAAAAGACAGGAAAGCUAAAUCCCAGGACUGCAGGUAAAUUUCUUCAAAAAGUGCUGAAUUGAUUUCACUGACAACUUAAUCAAAAUUAGAAUAAAGAAGAUGUGGUUGGAAAUGCACAUGGUGGCUAAGAAACAUAUCUCCUCCCAGGAUCUUACAAGGAGUCACCAGGGUUGCUGACAGUGAGCAAGGAAGUCCUGUUCCUCUGAGUAGUGAGUAGUACUGAUAGUGUAUUUAAACCCAGACCAAGACCUGACCGGUGACGUGUAGAAGGUGAAGCAGCAUAGCCAAGACAUGUAGGUCCUGGUACGUGUGUAGUAUUAGGAUGGGCAGCGGGGAGGGGAGAGGCGAGGGACUGAUGGGGGGCUUGUUUUUAAAUGAACGAAUCCUAAUCAGAGCCUCUUGAGAAAUUGCUACUCUUUGAACUUGAGCAUCUGGACAUCUCGCUGGAGUGGAUACUGAGUGCUUUUCAUCCCCCAGACUAGAGUCUUGGUGUGCCUGCUCUGCUGGGACACCUAUAUAUGGAGUAGGGAUGAGGAAUCAGAAUGGGGCUGUGGUGACCACUCAGACCUACCUUCUUCUAAGGAUGGAGAAUCUGGGAGCCUCCUGGGGAAUUCCAUGAGAAAUGCUUGGAGCCAAAAGAACACUCUUGUGCACACAGAUGCUGCUGCCGGUGUCUCUGAGCACCCUCAUGUGACCUCCAACUCCUCUCCCUGAGUGCAGUACCUUCCCACACUCAGGUCCUUGAUUUCAGAUGAGACGACAAAGCACAACAUUUGCUGUUUACAACCAAACAUGGAUCCAAAAAGUUUCUCUUCCCCCAGGUCAUUUGUUUUGCAUUUUUAACUUCAAUUUCUCCCUUUAGUUGUUUUAAUAAAGAAGCACACUAAGAGCUGCCCCUGAAAGUGGAUCAGGGUGCUGCUGAAUAGGCACCCAAAUGUCCAUUACUAAGUUUUGUUUACCUUUUUGAUAGCAAAUGAUGUUAUGAGACUGAAUGAUUUAGGUAGUGCUCCACAAUUUCACAUUCCCAUGUGUGUAAGAUAAAUUUUGUUUUCCCUUGCACCUGGGUGAGAACCUGCUACAGUGAACACAUACUGUGUGUGGAAAUCUCAUGUGUGAUGACAUUUUCCUGUCGUCUCGUCUCCUCCGUGCCGUUGGUGGAUUAUGCCCCCCUCUUAAAGUGAGUCCAGCUCCUGGUGUGUUGGAGUCCCAUAGAGUCAGUGGUUAGGAGUGAACUUGGAGCAGAUCUGUGCAUGUUUUUCCUCUGCAACAUGUGGCUCAUUUCUCUUUUUUGUUCUCUUUCGAUAGGGUCCUGUUUCCUAUGUAUGCAAAAUAAAAAUAAAUUUGGGCAUGUGC